AAGAAAACAAAUUUAGAAAGAAAUAAGAAAGAAAAAAAAAAGAAAAUUGAAAGAUGGGGGGAAAAGAAAAAUGAAGAAAAAAAAGGGCACCCACUCUGUUCUGUUGGAUAGUCUGCAUCCCACGUACCAAUCUACAACUAAUCUCUCUUUCUUUAUUUACAAAAUAUUGCAAUUUGGAUCUAAUACUAAUUCAGGAUUUGCAUUAGAAAACCACUGUAAGUUGUUUAAAUCAUUUGCCAAAUCUUCUCAUUUGGCAAAAAAAAAAAUAUUCAAGAUUUCUUUGUGAAUGUUUAUUUGCCAUUAGAUUUAUUCAAGGCUUUGAAAAGGGUGUGAUUUUUGUGUUGUUUAGUGUGGAAUGAAUGGUUGUAAAUGUGGUUUUUGGUUGUGUGUUUAGUGGGAUGUUUUAUGGUAUAUUUUGUAUUUUUGAAAUUUUAUUGAUAAGGUGAAUCAAGAUUAAAGGGUUUGAUUUCUUGGAUAUUUUGUGUUAAAGUUUGAGUUUUUAUUGAAUAAGUGGAUCAAGAUUCAAAAGGGGUUGUGUUUAGUGGGUUGAUGGCAUGGUUUAUGGUAGUAUUUUGUGUUAAAGUUUGAGUUUUUAUUGAUAAAGUGAAUCAAGAUUCAAAAGGGGUUGUAUUGGAUUUAGUUAAAUGGUAGUUGGGUUGGUGAUUUCUUGGAUAUUUUGUGUUAAAAGUUUGAGUUCUUAUUGAUGAAGUGGAUCAAGAUCCAAAAGGGUUAGUUGGGGUGGUGGUUUCUUGGAUAUUUUGUGUUAAAGUUUUGAGUUUUUAUUGAUGAAGUGAAUCAAGAAUCAAAAGGGGUUGUACUCAAUAGUGCUGACUAGAAUGUGUUUUGAAGGUUAUUGCAUUGGUUAUUGGAAGUGGUGGAACCAAUAACUAGGACAAAUGAGUACUUUCAGUAGAAGUUUCUCUCAUAAACAGAGGGCAUUGACAGUUAGCAGUCCUAGGUUGUUCGAUAAGCCAGUUAGCAGCCCUAAAUUUAGUAGGAAAAGUGAGGUUUCAAGACUUUUUUGUGUACUUAUAGCAAUUGGAUCUGUUGUUUCCUUUUUCUUGGCAAUUGGAGGAGGGUAUUUAUAUGUCCUACCCAAUCUUACAAAAUCUUAUCAUGAGAAAAAUCUUGUUAGUUUUAAUGGUUCAGAUAGUUUUUGUGAUAUAUUUGAUGGAAAAUGGGUAGUUGAUAACAGCUACCCAUUGUAUAAUGCCUCAGAAUGCCCUUUUGUGGAGAAAGGAUUCAACUGUUUGGAUAAUGGUAGAACCGAUGAUGAUUAUCUUAAGUGGAGGUGGAAGCCAAGGAAUUGUGAACUCCCUCGGUUUGAUGUGCAUUAUAUGUUGAAAAUUCUCCGAAAUAAAAGAAUUGUAUUCGUUGGAGACUCGAUGAGUAGGACUCAAUGGGAGUCUUUGAUAUGCAUGCUAAUGAGUGGGGUGCAAGAUAAGGGAAGUGUAUAUGAAGUAAAUGGGAAUAAGAUCACAAAGUUAAUUCGAUUUCUAGGAGUGAGGUUUAGUUCCUUCAAUUUCACCAUUGAAUUUUAUCGAUCAGUAUUCCUUGUCCAACAUACUUGGUCUUCCAAAUAUGGAAUAAAGAGAGUUAGAUCAACCCUUACGUUGGAUAAGCUUGACGAUAUCAGCAAUGAGUGGAUCAAUGCAGACGUCCUCAUAUUCAAUUCUGGACAGUGGUGGGUACCUGGGAAGCUUUUUGGAGUGGGGUGCUAUUUCCAAGUAAAUAAUACACUGAGGCUUGGAAUGUCAAUUCCGGCGGCAUUCAGAACUGCCCUUGAGACUUGGUCAUCCUGGAUUGAUACCAAAAUUAACCCUAACAGGACGCGUGUGUUUUUCAGAACGUUUGAACCUUCUCAUUGGAGCAAUCUAACUCAGCGAUUGUGCAAUGUGACAAAUCAACCUCUUUCGGAGACUAAUGGUCAGGGGAGUAUCUCAUUUUCAGAUACUGUACUAGAGGUGGCACACGGCAUGAAAGUUCCCGUUAAUGUGCUACACAUAACUCCCAUGUCUGCGUUCAGGAAAGAUGCACAUGUUGGUCUUUGGAGUGAUAAUCCAUCUCUGUCUGAUUGCAGUCAUUGGUGUCUACCUGGAGUUCCUGAUAUUUGGAACGAAAUGGUCCUCUCAUACCUGCAUGAUAACUAUCGACAUACGUCAUUGUAUCGACAAAGCGAAUUCAAUGGCUUGGACUGAUGAUGUAUUAUCAUAUGAAGGAAAUAUACUGGCUUAUGCUUUUAUAUGGAGGUCUAUCAAUUUUGCAAAGCAGUUUUGAACAGAAAUGUAUAGAUACAGUGAGAAGAUAAUUUGUACCGGGAAAUUGAUUUCUUUUUCAUCUUUAUUUUUUUGGGUUCACUAAAUUUGUUUUGUAAGAGGGAAAGAGAAAAUUGUAUAUCAUUCCCAGAAUGUGUCUUGUUUCUUGAUAUGUAAUGUAGUUUUCAAAAAAUUAUAUGUUAAUGAGAAGUGUUACAUCUGAA